UUGAAAAGUAACAAAUUUACAAAAAUUACAAAUUCCUAUAUAUACAUUUCUUAAUACCCUUUCGAUCCAAAGUCGCCAUGAAUAAUCAAUCCAAAUUCAAGACAAUCGAGAAUGCUGUACGCAUCGGUGGCAAGGGUUCAAUGCGUCGGAAAUAUAAGCGGGUUCCUGCUUCUGCUCCCAUGGAGGAGAAACGCCUUCAGACCACAUUAAAUAAGCUUUCACUCUCACCAAUGAAUGGCAUUGAGAAGUUAACGUUGCAAAUGGAAGAUCAAUCCGAACUGGUCAUAACCAUGCCCCAAGUGCAGGGCUCAACGGGUAGUAAUCUCCUUGUGGUCACCGGAACACCAACUCAUGUGGCUCCACCCGUUGAAGAGGUGGAAUCGGAGGAGCCACCGUUGCUGUGUCCAUCGCCACCGCCAUCACCACCACCGGUUCCAUCUCCAUCUUCAUCAUUUUCCAAUAUUAAGUCCACCAAGAAGUCCAAGAAGCCAAGGAAUCGCCUUCGAUUGCGGAAUAAACACUUCCGGGAAAUGCUCCCUGAAGGUGAUGGUGAUGGUGAUGGUGAUGUUGGCGAGGACAGUGAUCUGGGUUCAGCGGAUGAUUUGUUGUUUGGUCCCGAUUACUUGAGUCAACUCCCUGAUGGUGAAAGUGACGAUGAUUCUGAGAAGACUAAAGUACCAUCCGAUGGCUCUGAGAUGGAUCAAACCAUUGUGGGUGACGGUAGUCUCCUUGAAUUACAUUUCGGUGAUGGCGAUGAGACCGAUGACGGAAGUUGGGAAACUCAGGAUGAUGGGGAGGAGGAUGAGGAGAGCGAUAAGAGCGACGAAGAUGUCAAUAGGAUUCUGGACAAUCGUGAUGAAUACGAUGAAAGCGACAAUGAGGAUUUCCACAUGACAAUUGAGGAUGUAAUGGCAUGGCUGGAGGAUAGCUAAAUACUUUAUAAAACCAAAAUCUCACAAAUUAACUGAAUUAUGUUUAAAAAAAAAGAAAAAAUAAUUUUCAUAUUAUUUCAA